GGGCGACAUAGAAGCAAAUUUGAAACUGCUGGCUAAAGAUAAUCGUAAAUACAGUAAGAUUGUUAUUCAUGUCGGCGGUAAUGACACCCGGUUACGCCAAUCGGAGGUCACCAAAGUUAGUGUGGCAUCGGUGUGUAACUUUGCCAAAACCAUGUCGGACUCCGUAGUUUUCUCUGGACCCCUGCCUGAUCUGACAAGCGAUGAUAUGUUUAGCCGUAUGGCAUCGUUUCGCCGCUGGUCGUCUACGUGGUGUACUGCAAACGACGUUGGCUUUAUAGACAAUUGGAGCUCUUUCUGGGGAAAACCUGGUCUGAUUAGGAGAGACGGCAUCCAUCCCACGUUGGCUGGUGCAGCUCUCAUUUCUAGAAAUAUGGCUGAUUUUAUUAGAACUCCUAAAGCAUGACAACCCAGAGUUCAGACCAGGAUGCAGAGUUGUAGUCUUCCACACCUCUCUGCAGUUUCCUCUCAGCUGUCACCCUCCAGUAAAUCACUUAGCUUUAUUGAGACUGUGUCUGUCCCCCGACCACCAAAAUUCAAUAAAUUAAGCAAAUCAAAACUAAACAAAAGACAUAGUAACCAUAAAAAUCUAAUUAAAAUUAAUACCACUAUUUCAACUGAGCGAAGAAACAGGACAAUUAAAUGUGGUCUGUUAAAUAUUAGAUCUCUCUCGUCUAAAUCUCUGUUAGUAAAUGAUUUGAUAACUGAUAACCAGAUUGAUUUGUUCUGUUUGACUGAAACCUGGUUGCAGCAGGAAGAAUAUGUUAGUCUAAAUGAAUCAACUCCUACUAGUCAUACUAACUGUCAUGUUCCUCGAAUUACGGGCCGAGGAGGAGGAGUGGCAGCAAUUUACCUCUCUAGCUUAAAAAUGAACCAGAGACCUAAACCUAGUUACAGUUCAUUUGAAAAUCUUACUCUCAGUCUCUCUCAUCCAGAUUUAAAAGCUCAGAAACCAGUUUUAUUUGUUGUUGUAUAUCGUCCUCCUGCUCCUUACUCUGAGUUUUUAUCUCAAUUCUCAGACUUUUUAUCUGAUUUAGUGCUCAGCUCAGAUAAAGUCAUUAUUGUGGGUGACUUCAACAUUCAUGUUGACGUGGACAGUGACAGCCUUACGACUGCUUUUAAUUCAAUAUUAGACUCAAUUGGGUUUUCUCAACAUGUAAAUAAACCAACUCAUAGUUUUAAUCAUACCCUCGACCUCGUUCUGACUUAUGGCAUAGAAAUCAAACAGUUAACAGUAUUUCCCCGGAACCCUCUUCUUUCUGACCAUUUUAUGAUAACAUUUCAAUUUACAACAAUAGAUUGUAUAGGAGUUAAGAAUAAAUAUCAUUACAGUAGAUGUCUGUCUCACAAUUCGGUGACUAAAUUUAAGGAAAUAAUACCCUCUCUAUUUAGUCCAGCACCACUUACUGAUAUAAUGGAAGGGAAAUAUUAGAAUUUUAUCCCCACAGAAGUGGAUUAUAUUGUUAAUAAUGCUGCAGCCUCACUGCGUACAACACUUGAUAGUGUUGCACCUGUAAAAAAGAAAGUUCUAUCUCAGAGAGGACCUGCUCCUUGGUAUAAUUCCCAGCUGCGGACUUUAAAGCAGGCGUCCCGAAAGCUGGAAAGGAAGUGGUACUCCACUAAUUUAGAGGAAGUUUAUGUAGCUUGGAAAAAAAGUCUAGUAAUUUAUAAAAAAGCUCUUCGUAAUGCCAGGACAACAUAUUAUUCAUCUUUAAUAGAGGAAAACAAGAACAACCCCAGGUUUCUCUUCAGCACUGUAGCCAGGCUGACAAAGAGUCAGAGCUCUGUUGAAACUUGUAUUCCUUUAGCUUUGAGCAGUAACAACUUCAUGAGCUUCUUUACAAAUAAAAUUAUUACGAUUAGAGAAAAAAUUAACCUGGCCCUUCCUGCAAAUGUCACAGAUGUAUCAUCGAGUACAGAUACUUUAGAAUUGGCUGUAAGACCAGAUGGAUAUUUAGAAUUUUUCACCCCCAUACAUCUCUCUGAACUCAUUUCAAUAGUUUCUACAUCCAAACGAUCAACAUGUCUUUUAGAUCCUAUCCCAACUAGACUGUUCAAGGAGGCUUUACCUUUAAUUAAUUCCUCAAUGUUAGAUCUGAUUAAUCUCUCUCUAGUAACAGGUUAUGUACCACAGGCUUUUAAGGUUGCUAUAAUCAAACCUUUACUUAAAAAGCCCACUCUAGAUCCAGAUGUUUUAGCCAACUAUAGACCAAUUUCCAACCUCCCAUUUCUCUCUAAAAUUCUGGAAAGAACAGUUGCAAAUCAAUUAUAUGAACAUUUACAAAGGAAUAGCCUGUUUGAAGAGUUUCAGUCAGGCUUCAGAGUGCAUCAUAGCACAGAAACAGCUCUGGUGAAAGUUACUAAUGACCUUCUCAUAGCGUCAGAUAAUGGACUGGUCUCUAUACUUAUUUUAUUGGACCUUAGUGCAGCAUUCGAUACAAUCGACCACAAACUUUUAUUACAGCGACUAGAACAUUCUAUUGGCAUUAAAGGGACAGCACUGGACUGGUUUAAAUCCUACUUAUCAGACAGGUUCCAGUUUGUGCAUGUCAACAAUGACUCUUCUGAGCAUACUAGGGUUAAUCAUGGAGUUCCUCAGGGUUCUGUCUUAGGACCAAUACUGUUCACAUUAUACAUGCUUCCCUUAGGCAACAUUAUUAGGAAGCACUGUAUUAAUUUCCAUUGUUAUGCUGACGACACUCAAUUGUAUUUAUCUAUGAAGCCAAAUGAAACUAAUCAGCUAGCUAGACUGCAAGAUUGUCUUAAGGACAUAAAGACCUGGAUGACCUAUAAUUUCUUACUACUAAAUUCAGACAAGACUGAAGUCAUUGUAUUUGGCCCCAAACAUCUUAGAGAAUUGCUUUCAAAGCAUAUAGUUACUCUGGAUGGCAUUACAUUGGCCUCCAGUACUACUGUGAGGAACCUCGGUGUUAUCUUUGACCAGGACAUGUCCUUUAACUCGCACAUAAAACAAAUCUGUAGGACUUCCUUUUUCCACCUGAGAAAUAUUGUGAAAAUCAGGAACAUCCUGUCUCAGAGUGAUGCAGAAAAACUAGUCCAUGCAUUUGUUACUUCUAGGCUUGACUACUGUAAUUCCUUAUUAUCAGGUUGUCCCAAUAGCUCUCUGAAACAUCUACAGCUGAUCCAAAACGCUGCAGCCAGAGUACUGACGGGAGUUAGCAAGAGAGAUCAUAUUUCUCCUAUAUUGGUUUCUCUUCAUUGGCUCCCUGUUAAAUCUAGAAUAGAAUUCAAAAUCCUUCUUCUGACAUAU